UUCUAACUAUCAAGUUGAUCGUCGAAAUAAACGUCCCGCGUAUGUAUAAUACAGUACAUCGAAAACCCUUCAAAAUGCCAAUAGAAAUGUCCCCCCCGCACAUCCCCUCGCCCUCAUCAAGUCCAGGGAUAUGGCAACCCUCCGACUUCGGAACCCUCAACUACCUCUCCCUCCUUCAUGAGUUAUCAUCACCAUCACCGUCCAUAGAAUUUGUCCAGAGCUCCAGCCACGCCACCGACGAGGAAUACACCACUCCGAGCACUACCACCAAGACCGCCCCUCGCUCCCGCCAGACACCCCAAAAGCCAAACUCCGCAUCCACGCGCACAAAAUCAAAGCUCAACACGACGCGCAAACGCGGUCGUCCCCGGAUAGCCGCUACCAAGACCACCAGUCCCGAUACCACCACGCCAGGAGAAGGCGACGACGACGCAGCGAGCAAAGAGCGUCGGAAACUUCAAAUCCGCGUCGCCCAACGCGCCUACCGCUCCCGCCAGCAGGAGCGCAUCGCGCACCUGCAACAACAAGUGCACGAGCUGGAACAGCGGCUUCUGAUUGCGCGGAACAUCUACCUCAGCACGCACCAUGCUGCGGCAGGCGAGGCGAGUCCUCUCCCUGCCAAAGCCAGAAUCUUUCAGGAGAAUUUGCGGUUGCUCUUGGCUAUCACGGAGGUUCAAGCGGGGGGUAGGCGAAGGGCGUCGACUGGCUCUGAGGAAGAGGAACUAGGGGUGGGGGUGGGGAUGGGCGGAUUGACGGCAAGAACGACACCAACAGCGAUGUCUGUCGACACUCGGGCGUACCCUAUCUACGCCGGAGACGUGAAUGUCAAGGUGAAUGUUCUGUUGCCAGCGACACCGGAACCGCUAUCGCCGGGGGUCUCGAGGUUUGAUGAUCCGUUUGAUGUGGAUCUGUGAGGGGGAUUUACUCUAUGGUGGACGUGAGUCUGGUUACAGCCUUUUAGCGAUUGUUUUCAUUCUGUACAUACCAAAUGAGCAC